CUUUGUUGUGAGCCCAGGACAGCAAAGUUUGCUGCUCCCCACCAGCCUUGCAGCGUUUGGACUGAUCACUAAGGAGCCAGCAGAAAGAGAAACUUCGUUCGAACUUCACCUGGAGCCUUUGGUCUCCCCCCCUUCCCAAAUUAAGAAGGAGGGGGACGUUUACCCGCCCUCCACUGCACUCCAAAGGCUCCCCUAUGAAGGCGACUUGCUGGAUCCUGGCAGGUUUUUACCUGCUUUUCUGCUGUAAGGCAGAAGAAGGACUGAAUUUCCCCACUUACGAUGGGAAAGACCGAGUGAUCGACCUGAAUGAGAAGAACUACAAGCAGGCCCUGAAGAAGUAUGACAUGCUCUGCCUGCUCUUCCACGAGCCUGUGAGCUCUGACAAGGUGUCCCAGAAGCAGUUCCAGAUGACAGAGAUGGUCCUGGAGCUGGCGGCUCAGGUCCUGGAGCCCAGGAGCAUCGGCUUCGGGAUGGUGGACUCCAAGAAGGAUGCCAAACUAGCUAAAAAGCUAGGCUUGGUUGAAGAGGGAAGUCUCUACGUCUUUAAGGAGGAGCGGUUGAUUGAAUUUGAUGGGGAACUGGCCACGGAUGUCUUGGUGGAAUUCCUCUUGGAUCUGCUAGAAGACCCCGUGGAGAUCAUAAACAGCAAGCUGGAGCUUCAGGCCUUUGACCAAAUCGAUGAGGAAAUCAAACUCAUCGGCUACUUCAAAGGAGAAGACUCUGAACAUUACAGGGCAUUUGAAGAAGCCGCUGAACACUUCCAGCCAUACAUCAAGUUCUUUGCCACCUUUGACAAAGGGGUUGCCAAGAAGUUAGGUCUGAAGAUGAACGAGGUGGACUUCUAUGAACCAUUUAUGGAUGAGCCUGUUCACAUCCCUGAUAAGCCUUACACAGAAGAGGAGCUGGUUGAAUUUGUGAAGGAGCACAGAAG